GGUGAGCGCAAUGGCAGAGUUCAAUACGAGCGCCUUCCUGCUGGACGAGUCUGGCAUGGACGACCCCGCGUUCCUUCCAGCCGCCAAUCCCUAUGCUGUUGAUGCGUCUGCUGCUCAUGAUGGCAGCACUGCCAGCGACCCCAUCCACGCUGCUCAAGGCUUCCACGCCGCUCCCAUUGCAUUCGAUCUGACGCCGACAGGAAGCAUCCACGCUGAUCCGCAUGCCAAGUUGUCGGAAGUCCAGCAGCUGCAUACUCAACGGGCUGCACGCUUUGCCAUCCCCGUUGUGCAGGCGAAACCGUCGGUUGUUUGGAACCCGACAGAUUACGCAAAGCAGCGGUAUGCCAACAAGGCAGGAACUUUUUCAACUGGAAUCGACCUAUUGGCGCCUGCAGAACGCCAAAAGAUUGAGGAUCGCGCCAAGCGGUUUGGCAAGGUCUCCAACGUCACGAGCGAUUCGCUGAAACAGGAAGAAGCAAAAAUAAAGCGAGCUCAAAAGUUUGGCCAACUCAGUGCGAUGGCAUCGAACGAUAGCGGAAUGGAUGUUGAUGCGGGUGCGGUAAAGUUCGAGCCAUCGGCUGCGGCGACCGUUCGUUUCGAUGCCGUCUACAUGUAUGGUACAGACCAGAUGAGCUCGGGAGAUGUACUAAAGUACUUUGGCGAGUACGGCCCGGCCUUUGUCGAGUGGAUUAAUGACUCUUCUUGCAACGUUGUUUGGGAAGACACUGUGUCUGCUGGGCGAGCUUUGUUGGGUCUUAGUGUUUCUCCGUCGAGCAUCGCGCUCGGGAUUGAUCCGCUGAUUCAAGCCGCGAACGAUGGAGUCCCACCAUCGCUUGAGUGGCGCCGUGGCGUUGCGUCUGCGAAGGCCAGCGACAUUUAUUUGCGUUUUGCAACCUCUGAGGAUGUCAAACGGUUUGGUGCAGCAAAUGAAAGUGUGUAUUACCAGCUUCACGGUCGUCCCAACGCACAUCCUAAAAAACGCUUCCAUUCCCAACAAAACCAAAAGCCCCACGCUACGGCGAAGCAUCCUCAACAACAGAAUCAACAUUCUCAACAGCAGCUUCAGCAAAACGACGCUGCCGAAGGGACGCGCGCUGCAGGGCGGCGCAACCGAAAGGAACGCGCCGCAGCAGCGCGUGACAACCUUCACAACACAAUCCGUGCCAUGACCACCGAUGAGGACAAUGCUCUUGCAGUGUCAAGCAAAUCCGGGGAAAAAUCCACUGCUCGGGGAUGUCGUCGGUGGGUCGGAAUCGGGACUUCUGGCAUCGUCGCUGCGGCUUUGCACGCUGCUGCUGCCUCCUCCGCGGCUGCCAGCGUUGCUCCGAACGUAACAGCCGAGCCCGCCUCUGCUGAGUUUGAAGGCCUGUAAAUCAAGAGGUGAAGAUUAUCCAGCCUUUUCAUUUUUAGAGCAGACAUGCCAAUGUAAUUUUUUUGAGAGAAUACAAAAUCAGCCUCAAGCAAUCGAAA